GAGGACGAGGCAGCUGCUUGGAGAGAGAGUCCCUGGAAAAGAUUCCGUGGCCACGGGGCCCAGCUACACCUUCCCAUCUUUCGGGGCCACCUGCCCGGGUGACACUCGGGGCUCCCAUCCACUGACAGAAGCACCAUGAAGAGGCGGUACGUGGUGCUGGGCCUGCUGGCCGCCGUCCUCGUGGUGCUUGUCAUCAUCCUCUGCGUCUGGCUCACCUCACCCUCCUCGCACCCCAACCACGUGUACCCCAGAGCGGCCGUGGCCACCGACGCCAAGCACUGCUCAGAGAUCGGCAGGGACGCUCUGAAGGACGGCGGCUCGGCGGUGGACGCCGCCAUCGCGGCCCUGCUGUGUGUGGGGCUCAUGAACGUACAGAGCAUGGGCAUCGGCGGUGGCUUGUUUCUCACCAUCUACAACAGCACCAUGAGAAAAGCCGAGAUCAUCAACGCCCGCGAGGCAGCCCCCGGACGGGCCUCCGCCACCAUGUUCAACAGCACGGUGCAGUCACAGGAAGGGGGCCUGUCGGUGGCCGUCCCCGGCGAGAUCCGCGGCUACGAGCUGGCACACCAGCGGCACGGCCGGCUGCCCUGGGCCCGGCUCUUCCAGCCCAGCAUCCAGCUCGCCCGAGACGGCUUCCCCGUGGGCAAGGGCCUGGCCGCGGCCCUGAGUAGGAGCCAGGAGGCCAUCGAGCGGUGGCCCGCGCUGUGCGAGGUGCUCUGCCGGAACGGGAAGGUGCUACAGGAAGGAGAGCGGGUGAUCCUGCCCCGGCUGGCCGACACGUACGAGACGCUGGCCCGCGAGGGUGCCCAGGCCUUCUACAAUGGCAGCCUCACCGCCCAGAUCGUCAAGGACAUCCGGGAGGCCGGGGGCAUCAUCACAGCCGAGGACCUCAGCAGCUACCGCGCGGAGCUAAUCGAGCAACCCCUGAACAUCAGCCUCGGGGACGCGGUGCUCUACAUGCCCAGCGCCCCGCUCAGCGGCCCCGUGCUGGCCCUGAUCCUCAACAUCCUCAAGGGCUACAACUUCUCCGAGGAGAGCGUGGAGACCCCGGAGCAGAAGGGCUUGACGUACCACCGCAUCGUGGAGGCCUUCCGGUUCGCCUACGCCAAGAGGACGCUGCUCGGGGACCCCAAGUUCGUCGAUGUGACGGAGGCGAUCCGCAACAUGAGCUCCGAGUUCUUUGCCGCCCGGCUCCGAGCCCGGAUCUCCGACGACACCACGCACCCCGAGUCGUACUACGAGCCCAAGUACUACACGCCCGACGACGGGGGCACGGCCCACCUCUCGGUGGUCUCGGAGGAUGGCAGUGCCGUGUCGGCCACGAGCACCAUCAACCUCUACUUCGGCUCCAAGAUCCGCUCCAGGGUCAGCGGGAUCUUGUUCAACGACGAGAUGGACGACUUCAGCUCCCCCAACAUCACCAACCAGUUUGGGGUGCCCCCCUCGCCGGCCAACUUCAUCAAGCCAGGGAAACAGCCGCUGUCGUCCAUGUGCCCGAGCAUCAUCGUCGGCCGGGACGGCCAGGUGCACAUGGUGGUGGGCGCCUCGGGGGGCACGCAGAUCACCACGGCCACCGCGCUGGCCAUUAUCCACAGCCUGUGGUUCGGCUACGACGUGAAGCGGGCCGUGGAGGAGCCGCGGCUGCACAACCAGCUCCUGCCCAACGCCACAAAGCUGGAGGAGAGCCUGGACAAGGCCGUGGUUGCAGCCCUGGAGAGCCGGCACCACCACACGGAGGUCACGUCCACCUACGCCGUGGUGCAGGCCAUCGUGCGCACGGACAGCGGCUGGGCGGCCGCCUCGGACUCCAGGAAGGGAGGAGAACCUGCGGGCUACUGAGAGCUCGGUGUGGACAGGACUGGCCGGCGGACGGGAGCGUGAGGCCCGUUGGGGCCCGGAGCCGGACUUUGGGGUCGGGGGACACGCUUGGCCCCGGGAGCAGCCGAUCAGCAAUAAACGGGGGGCCGCAGUGCCAGGC